CGCGCGCACUCACUCAUCACAACACAAACAAUGGGGAAGAAGCACAAGAAACACAAGUCCGACAAACAUGGAUAUGAAGAGUUUGGAGACAGACCUCUGAAACUGGUGCUGAAAGUUUCUGGUAACGAGGUGACCACCGGCAGCUCCAGCCGGGACACCUUCUACGAGGAGACGCCGGCCGACUCCGGCAAGCAGAAGGAGAAAAAGAAGAAAAGGAAGAAGGAUAAAGAUAGAAACCUCGGAUCCCCCGACAGUACCAAAGGGAAGAAGAAGAUCACUAAGAAGAAGAAAGGACAGGAUGCAGAAGCAGAUGACGAGAGGGAGAGGAGCAGAACUCCCAUCCGCUCAGAGCUGGAUAAACAAGAAGAAAAAGAGCAAACUCCGCUGCAGGAAGCAUUGAAUCAGCUCAUCAGGCAACUGCAAAGGAAAGACCCGAGUGCAUUUUUCUCGUUCCCGGUGACAGACCUCAUCGCGCCAGGCUACUCCUCGAUAAUCAAACGCCCCAUGGACUUCAGCUCAAUGAAGGACAGGGUAAAGAAAGAGUGUUACCAGACGCUGGAUGAACUGAAGGUGGAUUUCAGAAUAAUGUGUGAAAACGCCAUGAUUUACAACAAACCCGAGACGAUCUACCAUAAGGCUGCUCGGAAACUGUUGCACACUGGCAUGAAGAUCCUGAGCCCGGAAAGGCUGGAGAGCCUGAAGCAGAGCAUAGUGUUCAUGUCUGGCCUGGACCCCUGCACCAAACAGCCGCUGAAGACUGAGGACCAGGGGGGGGGCGGCCAGGACCCGAGCAAGGCGGGAUCCGUGACCACCGACACCAGCGAGCGCUCCCAGACGCCCAGUAUUCCCAGACAGGACAAAGACUCCAAGGACGAAGCGGCAAAUGCAGAGAAGGAGCUUCAGGAAAUCCGCAAGGUCAUCGAAGAGUCUGGAGGAAAGCUGUCUAACAGGCUGCUGCAGAGUGAUGUAGAGUUUGUGAGGCGGAAGUCUGAUGGCUCCACCACUCUCGGCAUCCUGAACUCGGCAGAUCCGUCAGCAGGAGAUGCUGGUUACUGUCCCGUUAAACUGGGCAUGAUGUCCACUCGGCUGCAGAGCGGUGUGAACGCGCUGCAGGGCUUCAGGGAGGACAAGAGGAACAAGAUCACUCCAGUUUGCUACUUAAACUACGGACCAUUCACCUCCUUCGCACCCACUUAUGACUCCAGCUUCGCCAACGUCAGCAAGGACGACUCUGACCUUAUCUACUCGUUCUACGGAGAGGAGUCCAGCCCUCGGGGCUCAGACAGCACUAGCAGUCUGUCGGAGUUCCUGGCCAAACCAGAUGAAUACAGGUUCAAACUAGCAGACAACUUUCUGGAUGCGAUGACCAAUGGAGAACAUUCAAGGAGCCUAAAGGCCACCGAGCCACAGGUACAAGAGUCAGCAAAUACUCAAGUGGACAAGGAUGAGGUGAGUUUGUCCUCAUUACCUUCUCUAUACUGUGUUUUUACAAAAGUUGUCCAAGAGCAGCAGAGACAAACAAGUAUAAUAGUAGCUGAGGCCGAAUCAGCCCCCCGGCUGGAUGUCCCGCGCUCGGCUGCAGGCACGCAGACGGCCGAGGAGCUCUCUGCCGGAGCGAUACACUUCCAGCAGAAACUGGACGAGACCACAAAGCUCCUGCGUGACUUGCAGGAGGCCCAGAACGAGCGUCUGAGCACCAAACAGCCACCUAACAUGAUCUGCUUGCUGGCCCCGACGGCCAAGGAACUGGAGCUGGCUGAGAAGGUGACGGGGAACCUGACUGAACUAACGGGCCAAGUAGCUCCGUGUGACGUCAGCAGCAUCCACGCCAUCAGGAAGGCCAUGGGUGUCGCUCUGCGCCCAGAGCCGCCCGAGCCCCUUUUAGACCUCACAGCAGUGCAGGACGCCGGGGAACCGAUGGAGACGGCGUCCGCCUGUCCGGAUGGGCCGUCAUGCGUUGCUGUGAAAUGAACUUCCAACCACCUUCGUUCAGUUCAAUUAACUUAAGUUUUGUACAAAAAGGUGCUUGUUGUGUGACAUUUGUGUGUAUUUCAGUCAAAUAAACUCUUUUUAUUCAUACAAA